ACCCUUGGCAUUUCUGUAAAAACCCAAACUGCGGAGUCCUGACUAUCCAUCUACCCCACAUUGCGCAUUACUCCUAAAACCCAACUAGGGCUUUACUUUUCCCCCUCUGCAAUGGCUUCUUCCUUGUCUAUUCCCACGUUUUUACCUUCCCCUUCCCCUUCCCCUUCCCCUUCACCUGAUCACCAACAUCAUGGUUUUGCGCAAGCGAAUUUUCGGACGAGUUUGGGGUUCACCGCGAAAAAGUGUGAAUUUGAGUUGAACUGUUCGAGAGACAAAGAGAUGGAUGUAAGCACGUCGGCUUCGGCUUCCGUUGAUAUUGUUGCUGAUUGCUUUCAUGGGGUGGAUACUUUGGAGAAAGAGCCGAGUGUCUCGACAAUGUUGUUGAAUUUUGAGAACAAGUUUGAUCCUUUUGAUGCGUUGAGCACCCCUUUGUACCAAACAGCCACGUUCAAGCAGCCUUCAGCAACAGAAAAUGGCCCUUAUGAUUAUACUAGAAGUGGAAAUCCUACAAGGGAUGUGUUGGAAAGCCUCCUGGCAAAGCUUGAUAAAGCAGAUCGAGCAUUUUGCUUCACCAGUGGAAUGGCUGCUUUGGCUGCUGUUGCUCAUCUUGUUGGAACUGGUGAAGAAAUUGUUGCUGGAGACGAUAUUUAUGGUGGCUCUGAUAGAUUACUGUCACAAGUAAUUCCAAAGACAGGAGUUAUGGUGAAACGUAUAAAUACAACUGAUUUAGAUGAAGUAGCAUCUGCAAUUGGUCCGUGUACAAAGCUUGUGUGGCUGGAGAGUCCAACCAACCCGAGACAACAAAUAUCUGAUAUACGUAAAAUAGCAGAGAUCGCUCAUGCUUAUGGUGCGCUUGUGUUGGUGGAUAACAGCAUCAUGUCGCCUGUAUUGUCCCAACCAUUAGAGCUUGGUGCAGAUAUUGUUAUGCACUCAGCUACUAAAUUUAUAGCUGGACAUAGUGAUGUCAUGGCAGGGGUGCUUGCUGUGAAAGGGGAAAGAUUAGCAAAGGACUUGUAUUUCCUACAAAAUGCUGAAGGCUCCGGGCUAGCUCCGUUUGAUUGCUGGAUUUGCUUACGAGGUAUAAAGACCAUGGCCUUGCGCAUUGAAAAGCAACAGGAGAAUGCACAGAAGAUUGCUGAGUUUCUCUCUUCCCAUCCUAAAGUGAAAAAAGUUAACUAUGCUGGUCUUCCUAGCCAUCCUGGACGCUCUUUACAUUAUUCCCAGGCGAAGGGUGCAGGAUCUGUACUCAGUUUUUUGACAGGAUCAAUUGCCCUCUCUAAGCACAUUACCGAGACCACCAAGUAUUUCACCAUAGCUGUUAGUUUUGGAAGCGUGAAGUCCCUCAUCAGCAUGCCUUGCUUUAUGUCGCAUGCAAGCAUACCUGCUGCAGUGCGUGAGGCCAGAGGUUUGACCGAGGAUCUUGUUCGUAUCUCGGUUGGGAUUGAAGAUGUAAAUGAUUUGAUUUCUGAUUUGGAUAAUGCACUUAGAACUGGACCUUUGUAGGUGCUUGAGGACAUUCUGUCGAAGGAUAUCCAGCAUGUCAAUGUGGACUUGUAUAUCCUGCUCUGGAGUCUCCAUAAAAAGGGAGGUUUCAGUGUUUGUACUCAGCAAGGAAAACCUGUUUCGAUUGUGACUUGCCUUUUAUGGCCAUGAGAAGUGUGUUUUUUUUUUCUCAAUAAGCAAUAUAUUUAGUCCGUGAUUAUGUAUUGGUACCUUUUGCUGUGAAUUUUGCCUCUGUAGGUGGAUAUUGUCUGUGUUGUUUUU